GGCGGAUAUCGGAUUGGCGAUGAGGUGCCCGGGCACAUGCCCACGGCAGCUCGAGUCCAGGAUCGGGACAUUCAUGUGCUGCCAGACGGCCAGGGCCUGUUCGUGGAGCUGGUGCCGCCAGCCGCCCUCGAGACCUUCUUGCGGAAGGCGGUGGAUGCGGAUGCCAGGAUCUUGCCCAUUGUUCGAGAUGCGCAGGGUCGCCGCGACGUCCCGUGGCACAAGAUGGUAGAGAUGACCCGCCAGGAGGACUUCGGCUCGGACUGGACGCUGCCGGGCCCGAGGACGGCGGCGCGUUGCAUGAGCUACCUGCAGCGGGAGGGCCUCGGCAUAGAGGGCCAUCACGAGCACUUCAGGCAGAUCUGCAGACUCGCCGCCACGGAUUGGGGAGUUCAGGAACACUACCAGCUGUGCCAGCAUAUCAAGGCGGCAACCUGCCAGGAUGAAUUCGCCCACUGGGACAAGGCCAAAGACGCCGAGAGCAAAGGCGUUGGUGGCAAGAUGAGUCUGGAGGAGCAGGCCGCCUUUUCUGGGGUCUCACGCUCGACUUCGUCGGUGGUGGUAUCUCCAGAGUUGAUCGAGCAUGUCCGCGGCGACGACGUCCACGACACUGGCAGGCGUCGGCCCCGGGGCAUCUUGCCACUGCCCUACCCCUCGUUCAGAGAGCCGCUGGAUAAGGCUUCGGUCAAGGAGCUCGCCAGAGGUACGAGGCAAAGGAUUGGGCGAAGGCUUGGUGUCUGCAACGAUGUCUAUGGAUGCGUGGACGCCCUCAAUUGGCUUCAUGACCCGUCCCUCCGUUGUGGUCGUGACCGUUUUGCACGAUACGUUGGGCCGCCACUCGCCCAGAGCCAGUGCUUGGCCCACAUCUCGGAGUCGGUGCGCAACCUUGGUCCGCCGCCGUCGACUCUUUCUCCCGCAGAAGCGCUGGUGCAGAAGCGCGUGGCCGGGGGUGCCUACAGUGUCGAGCAGUCGCCCCUCGGGAGCUACGACCCCGCGCUCCUCUCCUUGCCUGACGUCAGCACCGCCCCUGUGCCGCUGGCCGACGUGCGGGGGGAGGGCGGGCAAGCCGAGGUCGAACAGUUCGUUCUGCAGAGCUUGUUGGAUCCGAGCGAGGCCGAGGCCAGGCUGAGGCAGAGCUCUAUACCUGCUCCCUACUCUGACCCUCUUCUACGUGAUCAGCGGAGCUGGUCCAGUUUUGUUCAGUUGCUGUAUGAGCGGCACCUAGUCGACUUCAGCUUGGAGGACGGCGUUCGAGCCGAGAUGUUCUUUGUGAAAAAAAAAGGAGGCCGCCUUCGCAUGGUGGCGGACUGCCGCCGCUCCAACGAGGUGUUCACCGAGCCCCUGGGCGCGCGGCUCGCGACGGGCGACGCCUUCGGUAUGCUGGAGAUGGCGGCGGACGACUCUCUCCUGACAGUGGAGGGUGCCGACCUGAAGGGCGCCUUCUACCACCUUGAGCUCCCCGAGCAGCUCCGUCCGUGUUUCAGCCUGCGACCCGUGCGCGCUGGCGCCCUGGGCAUCAAGGAGGUCGGCGGUGUCGCCGUCGGGGCCUCCACCAAGCUCUACCCGCGCCUCAGGGUCGCGCCCAUGGGUUGGUCCUGGGCAAUGUGGUGGUGUCAGUCGGUGAUGGAGCGAGUGGCAGAAGCAGCAGGCUGCGGUGAUGACGCACGACUUCGAGAUGGCAGACCUGCUCCCUCUUUGGACCCAUCGUGUCACCUUGAGUACGUCGACAACUUCGUGAGCAUUGGCUACGGCGCGGAGGCGGUUCGGUCCGCUGUGACUCGUGUCAUGACGGAGCUCAAGCGCCGAGGUCUGGUGGUGACCAGGGGGGGGCACCUCGGUGACAGCGAGGGCGAGUUUGCAGUGCUGGGUUGGUCCAUCACUGCGGCUGGGCGUCUCUCGGCGUCUGCUUCGGGAUUGUGGAGGGCGCGGCUAGCGGUGCGUGGUCUUCUGCGGCGUGGCCGGGCCAGUGGUCGCGAUCUCGAGCGCGUGCUGGGCCACAUCAUCUUCGUCGCUCUCGCUCGGCGUGAGGGCUUGAGCAUCUUCGAGGCGAGUUUCCGCUUUGUCCAGAAGUGCUGCCACCAGCAGGUGCCGCUCUGGUCUCAGGUCAGGCAGGAGCUCAUGGCCUGGGAUGGCGUUGCUCCUUUGCUAUGGCGCGAUCUCCGUGCUCAGUGGUCGCGCUCCGUCGGCUGCGUAGACGCCUCCCCUUGGGGGUUGGGCGCCUGCGAGGCUGAUUGGGAUGUCGGCGCUGUUCGGGAGGUUGGUCGUCAUAGCGAGCGGUGGCGCUAUGGCAGGGCUGAGCGCUUGCCUCCUCGUCGCCGGGCCCUUGCCGCUGAAUGUGCCGCUGACGGGGUCGCAGCCUGUGACCUAGGGGUCGUAGCGGCCCAGCUCGAUCCUGGCUGUCCGGCGGAGGACAGCCAGCCCGUCGGCCCGCCUGUGGAGCGCGACCUGCUCGCUUUCCCCGAGGGGGACGCCCGCGAGCGACCAGCCGCGGCCGCGAGCUCGCCGCCGGCGGGGGCUUCCCUGGUCCGUGGGGUGCGCAAGGCUGGCUUGCAGUCGCCGAAGCUGCCAGUGCCCCAGGCGUCGCCCGCGAGCCGCCAGGGCUCGAGCGGUGGUCCCACGCCGCAGCAGCGGGCUCGGCUGAUUCAGCCGCCAGCGGGCAUGCCAGUGCUCAACGCAGCAUCCGUGCGCACGGCGUCGGGGCGUCAGGCUUACCUCUCGAUGCUGGUGGGUUUCGACAACUGGACGAGACAGCAUCGACGGGCCACGCAGGAGCCUGCUCAGAUGGACCGAGCGGUCCGCGACUACAUCAGCCAUCUCUUCGAGCUGGGGUAUCACCAGACCUACGCCAACCGCGUGAUAGCGGCGGUGGCGUGGCGCGAUCCGCGCUAUGCCAGAACGGGCCAGUUCGAGCUGCCGCUGUCCAAGCAAGCCGCCAAGGGGUGGCGCGACCUGGCCCCAGCUCGCAGCCGAAUGGCCCUUCCGUACGAGGUCGUCGCCAUGGUGGUCAACUACGUGUCCCAUCAGCGCGGCACCCCGGAGGCGCUCGCGAUCUGGCUCCUCUUCGAGAUCUACGGCCGCCCAGGCGAGAUCCACGGGCUUCGCCUGCAGGAUGCGGUGCCGCCGGCGCCUUCCGCGUCAGGGGCUCACCGCUACACCUCGGUGACGCUCCACGCGCAGGAGAUAGGCGACGUCUCGAAGACGGGGGAGCUCGACGCGGCGAUCCGUCUCGACCUCGAGCGCCAGGCAGGCCUGGCUGCGGGACUGCUGGCGAUGGCCGCCGCGCGGCGCCGCGCGGGAGCGCCGCCCUGGGCGCCGCUGUUUGCAGUCGACCAGCGCAGUGUGGCCAACGCAUGGCGCGGGGCUGUCACCGCCCUCGGCCUCCGGAAGCUGGGCGCCUGCCACGUCUACCAGCUCCGCCACUCAGGCCCAAGCCACGACUACGCAGCAGGGCUGCGCGACCUGGAGCAGAUCAGGCGGCGCGGGCGCUGGAAGAGCUGGAGCUCAGUCCGCAGGUGCGAAAAAGGAGGCCGCCUGACCGAGCAGCUGCACAAAUUUGGAGGGCCGCAGCGAGAGCACGCGGAGGCCUGCGCGCGCUUGCUGAGCCGUGCGUCGCGUGGCCUGCCCUCAGCGUUGGUGCCA